CGGAACCUGGACAGUAUGACACAUACACGCCUCAUACCGCUCAUUAGUAGAUGAGCCCCCAGCAAAGGGUGCUGGUAGUGCGUCUCAUUAUCAGAAAGAUUAGGGAGCAAGCUUGUCCGCGUUUGCAGCUACGACACCGAUCGUCCAUUCCCUGGCGAGCGUCAAUCGGGCUUAAACAGCUGAUCGGAUGAGACAUAGUGAGCGGUAUUCGGCCGAACGUAUCACGUGCGCACUUUUUACAGCGCUACGUCCGGUGUGCAGUGUACGCUGGCGAAGGCACCUAUGAUAAGGACGUACCGGAGCACUGGGCACGUCAGACACACGAUAAGACGCAGACGCACCGUUUUGUGACCGUGGAGCAGCCUGCUGCAGUAAUUCGGUGCCCGAUCGGUGAGGCGAGACACCUUCCAGAAGAACGGUGCUGGGCGGCCACCAUCACGCGUGCGUACAGGGACGGUGUAGCUUAAAAGGGGCUUUGCGGUCAUGGCCAGUCCUUCGUGUUGGCGUAUACUGACCCGCAGGAAAGUGCUGUCGUACGAUGGCAGCUCGGAGAAGCUGGGCCGGAUACUGAACACCUUCGAUCUGACGGCGCUCGGUGUCGGCGCAACGCUCGGUGUCGGGGUGUACGUGCUGGCAGGCCAUGUUUCGAAGGAUCAGGCAGGCCCGUCCGUCGUGCUGUCGUUUUUGAUAGCGGCCGCGGCGUCCUUUCUGGCUGGUCUGUGCUACGCUGAGUUCGGAGCGCGUGUACCCAAGUCAGGAUCGGCGUACAUCUACAGCUACGUGUGCAUCGGCGAGUUUAUGGCAUUCAUCAUCGGCUGGAACCUGAUGCUGGAGUACAUCAUCGGGUCGGCUAGUGUGUCGCGCGGGCUGAGCCUCUACAUCGACACGCUGGUAAACGAUACGAUGAAGACGCGCUUCCUGGAAGUGGCGCCCAUCGAGUGGGACUUCAUGUCCAACUACUUUGACUUUUUCGCCUUCUCCGUCGCGAUCUUACUGGGCAUCGCUUUAGCAUUCGGGCUCAAAAAGUCUACCAUGGUCAACAAUGCGUUUACCGUGCUGAACAUCUUUAUCGUGCUGUUCGUCAUAGUGGCCGGUGCGAUCAAGGCGGAUCCGGAGAAUUGGCGCAUCAGGCCGGAAAACGUGCCCAGCCAGUACAAUGCCGGCGAGGGAGGCUUCUUCCCGUUCGGGUUCGAGGGUACGCUCCGCGGGGCGGCGACCUGUUUCUUCGGGUUCGUCGGGUUCGACUGUAUCGCCACGACCGGCGAGGAGGUGCGCAACCCGCGCAAAGCCAUCCCCCGGGCGAUCCUCUGCUCGUUGACCAUCAUCUUUCUUGCGUACUUUGGCGUGUCGACGGUGCUGACGCUCGUUUGGCCCUACUACAAACAGGACGUUAAUGCCCCGCUGCCGUACGUCUUCAACGAGAUCGGAUGGCACUUUGCGAAGUGGAUUGUAGCGAUCGGCGGCAUUAUCGGGCUGGUGGCAAGCUUGUUUGGCGCAAUGUUCCCACAGCCGCGCAUCAUCUACGCCAUGGCACAGGAUGGUCUAAUCUUUCGGGCGCUCGGUGAGGUUAGCCCACGGUUCAAGACGCCGGUGUUUGGGACGCUCUGUGCCGCACUGCUCACCGGCACGAUGGGUGGUUUGUUCGACCUGCGAGCGCUGGUCAAUAUGCUGUCGAUCGGAACGCUUAUGGCGUACACCGUCGUUGCAAUCUCCAUACUCAUUCUAAGAUUCUCCGAAUACCCCGAUCCGGCCAUCCCAUCCACAAGCACGCGGGACCCGUACGAGUCGUCGAACCUGCUGAAGGCACGGGAACGCGUGACCGGUUCCGCUUUCUUCAAGCAGCUGUUCAACCUGUCCUGCAUUCGGCUGCCGACGAACGUGUCCAGCAGUGUGGUCGGAGUGCUGGUGACAGUCUACUGUCUGCUAGCCAUUGCCCUGUCGCUGACGAUCUUCUACGCCAAGGACGCCAUUUACGAGAUGGAACCGUGGGCCUGGACACUGUUCGGUGUGCUGCUGGGGCUAACGCUGCUGGUGCUGCUGCUCAUCUCGAUACAGCCACGCGAGCGGGCCGAAGCACCGUUCCGGGUGCCGCUGGUGCCACUGCUGCCCGGGAUCAGUAUUUUCGUCAACAUCUAUCUGAUGCUCAUGCUGGACGUUUACACCUGGAUACGGUUUGGCAUAUGGAUGGGAAUUGGACUUGUAAUAUACUUUACGUGCGUAAGCUGCAACAUGCGUGCUGCCAAGAAUCCUGACGUACGCAUACCAAAGUUCCCCGCGGCAGAAACGUCCUCCGAAAUGGGCUACCGAAGAAACGAUGAUGAUGAUGCGGAGCUAGAAAAUGGCUCGGUAGUGAGCCGUGAGCAUAUGAGCUUCCCACAGCAGAAUGGGUACUACUCCCAGAACCUUAGCACAGCCAUAUCCGUCAAGACGGCCGAUAAGGAGGCACGAUUGAUCGAGCUUAAAGCAAGUGUCCCCGCCAAAGAGCUGGCUGUUGGUUCGGCGCUAGCAGUGGCUGGCAGCGGGUCCGAGCCGGAAGAAGAACAGCGGCAAACGAAACAAUCCCGAUCGAACACCUCCACGCCCAAGAGUAGCUUCGAUGAGAUCAUACCACUAUCCGAAGGGACAGUGCGAGGAUUUACGGAAAAGGUAGAACCGAACGGGAAGGUUUAUUUUGUGGCACAGGAGGGGGACACCGCACCGGGGCACGGGGACGAUGGGCGAAAAAUCACACCUCCAGUGAGUGGGGAGCACACCGAGCAGCCGGGCUCGCUGACGGAUGAGAAGGAAACGUCUAAAGCGAUCGCAUUCCUAGACCACAUUCUGGACGAUGAAGAUACGCUACCGUCCGGCGAGGAAGCGCUCAGCUCGGCUGAGUACAUUGGCCGGGCAAAGGGAGACGAUGAUGAGUCGCUAGCGAGUCCCGUCUUUCGGGAGCAGUCUGUCAUUGCCGAUAUCCACCGAGCGGAUGAUAGUAUCGUGGAGGUGGAGCAGAGCUCGCAAGAAAACGUUACGGAAGAACCGAAGAUCUCUACCUCAGAUGAUGAUCAGCAGCAAGUACAGGAAAGGACAAAGGAUCAAGAAGUCAAUGAGGAGGCAGAUGAAAAUGCACAAACUCCAACGAUCACGAUAGCGUCCAGUGAAGACCCUCCUCGAGUGGAUUCUGGGAACAAUAAGUCUAAGCUAAAGCCACGAGUGAUGUACAUCGCAGGGAUGGAAGCGGACGGGGAGCCCGCUCCGAAGCUGCUCACCGAAGAAGAGCAGGACCAGAUCAACUUCCGAGCGGCAGAAAAAGAGCGGUUCAUGAGCCGGCUCAGUACAUUGCUUGUCAAUCCUGUGAAGAUACCGCUCAAACGACUUCAUCCACCCGAUGAGGAGCAGUUGGAAGGAGAACACGGGCCACGGUCUGCAGAGUCCAGCCGACAGCUACCCGCAAUGUCUCCACCGACUGGCCCGGGCAUUAUCCGCUCGACCAGCGAACCCAGCUUUGUGCUGUUGCUCAACAAACUCAGCCAUUCAAACUCCCCGCAGGAAAGUGAAACGGACGAACCGGAGCCGGAUAGAGCACGGUCGGAGCACAGUAGCGUCGUCAUUCCACCGGCGCCCAAGUUCGACGAAACGCUGUUCAACACAAUCCGUGCCGGGUCAGUCAUUCCCGACACUCCGCGGAGUCCCAUCCCGACGGCUCCCAAGUUCGAUCCGGUGCUGUUCAACACGCUCGGCAAGGGAAAGGCUCAGCGGGCGUCGAUUUUGCCUGCGGACCCCGAACCACCAACCCCAACACCUGUAGCUCCCGCCGAAGCACCACAAUAUUACGAAGUGGAGCUGAAGAAGCUCAAACCUGUGCCCAGCUCGGCGGCAGUACUUCCUGCCGCACUCAAACCCACAUCGCCACGCAAAGAGCCGUCCCGCGAUGAGACUAACCAGCUCGAGAACGACUCGGAACCCUCCAAUCCCCGCGCAGCUUUCAAGUCUCGGUUGGAGAAGAUCCUCCAGCGAGGACCGCUCGAUGCAAUGGGACGUCCGAAGUCGUUGCAACCGAUCGCUAUGGUGGCGGUCAGCGAGGAAAACCUUCAGCGCACGAUCGCCGAUCAGCAGCAGCCGGCUUCGAGCACCGAUUCCGGGCUCAGUAUGGGCUCGUCUAAAGAUUCCAUCGCGUCCACCACACCGAUCGCGACGAAACCGCGCGACGAAAGCUUUCGCGAUCGUGCCCGAGGAUUCGAUACGGCGAAAAAGAAACAGAAGCUCCUGUUCGAUGACGUGCUGAAGUCGAUCAAUCCCGAAACGCGCCCCAGCAGUAUACGCAACUCGGUCGAGCACCGGGUGUCGUUCCGUAACUUCAAGGAGGGCCUACGGAAGACGGUCCCGCCAAAACAGUUUCUGCCCGAUGCGUAGCCGAGUAGGUGCCGGCUGACUGUAGAUUGUGUUGACGCUAGUCCCACCCAUUACCCUACACUGUAUUAACCUGCCUACCUGAACACCCCUUUGCUACUACUGAUGACCGCGGUCUAACACUCGCCACUAAGUAAGAAACCUGGCAUGCAAACCAUUAAACCUCUACUCAUGCUGGUCUGUGUUCCCUGCGGAUGCGGACUUUGCUCUAAUGUACCUUCCCUUAAUGUUUUCAUUAAUUUUCUCCUCACGUACUUGUUUACGGCGCUGGCAGGUUUGUCACUGUACGCGUUUUAUGGGUUCAAGAACAGCUACAGAGAGGUGUACGCAAGCCAGCUUGGUUGGACCAAACUGAAGUACGUUCAAUAGGCAGAAGGCACGCCGGCAUGCGGUAACGUGAUAUAAACAGGGGGCAAAGACCCUCCCCGUGGAGGUGGACGAUCGUAUCCUGUUGGUUGUUUAGGAGACCGAGUACUUUCUUUAGUAAAAAAAAUCCAGCAGAUCACAGAACAAACACACGUACACAGCCACAAUGGUGAGGCUGUCCUGAACCUGGCCCGAAGGGGCAGCGUCACAUUCGCUUUCGUAUUCGUUUUGCCAUACCACACCAUUUACCUAAAAGCUCACACGAUAUGUAUAGGCUGUAUCGCGGACUUGUGACGAGUCCUGUCCUGGGACGAGUGUGGAUCUAGGAGACAAUAUGUUGUUUUGUUUGUCUGUUUUCAAUUUUUUUAUUUUAAUUUAUUCGUUGUCCGUUUAAACACCGCGUGAACGCACUCUAGCAGGUAGUGCUGUGAGCUGCGUUAGAGGAAUAUGAACAGAUAUGCUUAGGUUAGCGUUCAAUUCUACAUAGGAUAGGAUCACCGAGUAGCACAUAGUGGCGAGCUUCAAGUGCUCGAGCAACAAACGAAAACGUGUCGCCCCGUUCGCUCCACGGUACACUUCGUACAACUGCGCCUGCACUAGCGAAGUAACCGAAACCGAGCGUAUGGACCGAAACGUACGAAAAUAAACGAACUCUUUCGAUCAACUUUGAUCGACAAAAUGGUA